GUGUAAACUUCUAUUUCCACCACUUAUUCUCACAUCAGAGGGAAUAUAUGAAGGAAGAAGUGGAGGAGGGUGCUGAAGAUGAGGCGACUGAAUCGGAAGAAGACCCUGAAUUUGAUGAAGGAACUGGAUGCCUUUCCAAAGGUUCCUGCCAGCUACGUAGAGACUUCAGCAAGCGGAGGCACAGUUUCUCUAAUAGCAUUUACAACUAUAGCUUUCUUGACUAUAAUGGAGUUUAUGGUGUAUCGGGACACAUGGAUGAAAUAUGAGUAUGAAGUAGACAAGGAUUUUACUAGUAAAUUAAGAAUCAACAUUGAUAUUACAGUUGCAAUGAGGUGUCAAUAUGUGGGGGCUGAUGUUCUGGAUUUAGCAGAAACAAUGGUUGCCUCUGCAGAUGGGCUAAUCUAUGAACCAGUAGUAUUUGAUCUCAGCCCCCAACAGAAAGAGUGGCAGAGGAUGUUGCAGUUAAUUCAGAAUAGGCUGCAGGAGGAACACUCUCUUCAAGAUGUGAUAUUCAAAAGUGCUUUUAAAAGUGCUUCGACGGCACUGCCACCACGGGAAGAUAAUUCAUUACAGUCACCAGAUGCAUGCAGAAUUCAUGGUCAUCUCUAUGUUAAUAAAGUGGCAGGGAAUUUCCAUAUAACUGUGGGCAAGGCAAUACCGCACCCGCGAGGCCACGCACACCUGGCAGCCCUCGUGAGCCACGAGUCCUACAACUUCUCUCACAGAAUAGAUCAUUUGUCGUUCGGAGAACUUAUUCCAGGAAUUAUUAACCCUUUGGAUGGAACAGAAAAAAUUGCCUCAGAUCACAACCAGAUGUUCCAGUACUUUAUCACAGUUGUGCCAACCAAACUCCAUACAUACAAAAUUUCAGCAGAAACUCAUCAGUUUUCAGUGACAGAAAGGGAAAGGGUAAUUAACCAUGCAGCUGGCAGCCAUGGAGUGUCAGGAAUAUUCAUGAAAUACGACAUCAGCUCCCUUAUGGUGACAGUGACAGAGGAACACAUGCCUUUUUGGCAGUUUUUAGUGAGGCUUUGUGGCAUUAUUGGGGGGAUUUUUUCAACUACAGGAAUUUUACAUGGCUUUGGAAGAUUUGUAGCAGAAGUUAUUUUUUGCCGUUUCAGACUGGGCUCUUACAGAUCUACAUCAGUCCCGCUGCCGGAUGGCCACAUGAGCAACCACUUACCUCCAACUCCAGCCAACAGCAGCGGCCACUAGCGCCUCCAAGGAAAACUCUCUGCUUCCUGCCUGACAAAGAAGACAGUUUUUUAUAAUAAAGAGAACAUUGUGCAAUAUGUUGAGACAGUGCUGAUGGGCAGCAAAACAAAUCAAGCCUCU